AUGGAUGAAAUUCACGAAAGUGACUCAAGUAACGAUACUCAAAGUUCAAAAAAAAGAAAAUUUGACAAUUUAUCUUUAUCUGAAGAGGAUAAUUCGAUAAGUAAAGUGUGGCUUUAUUUCACUAAAGACAAGAUCCAACAAGUCGAAGAUUCGACGGGUAAUUUUUGGUAUCAUCUUAAGUCAGCACAUGGUAUAUAUAAAGACAACAUUGAUAAUGCAUCCAAUGUUGAACAUAAUCAAAUAAGUUUAAUUCGUAAGCAAAUUUUGAAUAACAAGAUUGUGUCCUUUAUAUGUAAAGAUCAACAACCUCUUUCAGUAAUUAUGGAUAAUGGAUUUAUUGAAUUAAUGAAAGAAGCGGUUCCUAAUUAUAAACUUCCAUCUAAAAAAGCUAUAAAAAUUUUAUUGUCACAAGCAUUUACACAUACGAAGCAACAUCUUAUGGAUAAACUUUCAGAGACACUUUUUUAUGUUACAUGCUCAUACUUGAAUGAAAAUCUUAAAUUAUAUGAAUUGCUUUUAGCUAUUAGAUAUUUAUCAUAUCCACAUACAG